CAACUUCUUUGCAGGUCUACUAUACUUUUCUUUCACAAAACCUGGAAUUGUCUCAUCAACUUUUAGAAAUGCAUCAUCAGUGUCUCGGUCUCUCCAUCCUUUCUUUUUCACUCCAUAUAAAUAUUUACUUCUGUUUCAUUUUCUUAAGAGCAAAAAACCAAAAGAGUGAUCACAUAGCACAGUCCUUAAACCUUUUCCUGCUCUCAUGUCCACUGCUAUUGUUUCCAAACCAUCAUCACCAUCUAAAUGGUUCUCCAACAAGAGUUUCAAGCUAAGCCUCCCUCGUCUUCGUCUUUCCAAAUCCAACGUCUCAAGCCCUCGUGCAUCGUCGCCAUCGUCGCCAUCGUCUCAGACCCAUGAGCUUACUAAGGUUCCAGUUACACCCAAAGGUUGUCCAUCAAGAAAGGAUCAACUCCAAGAAGUGUUUCGUUACUUCGAUAGUGAUGGUGAUGGGAAAAUCUCCGGUUACGAACUCAGAUCCUACUUUGCAUCCAUUGGAGAGUACAUGUCACAAGAACAAGCCCAAGGUGUGAUCAAUGAUCUUGACACGGAUGGUGAUAAUUUAAUGGACUUUGAUGAUUUUGUAAAGUUGAUGGAACGUGAUCAUGAUCAAGGUGGGGUUGAUGAAGAUCUUAGAAGUGCAUUUGAGAUGUUUGAAGUGGAGAAGGGGUGCGGGUGCAUUACACCUAAAGGGUUGCAGAGGAUGUUUAGUCGCCUUGGAGAUGAAAGAUCUUUCCAAGAGUGUGAGGCUAUGAUUCAGAAAUUCGAUUUGGACGGUAAUGGUGUGCUUGAUUUCGAUGAAUUCAACCAAAUGAUGGCUUGAUCGAUCAUCAUAUCAGUACCUUUUGUGUAUAUAUAUUUCUGUUUUUUUUUUUUUUUUUUUGUUUUUGUUUUUGUGUUUCAAUUUAUGAAUAUAGAGAGGACCACAAACAAAAAAGAAAUCAAUGGCCUUUUCCUUUGAAAGCGGGGGGUUAGGCACUUAGUAUUCUAAAAACAGGUGGGGUGUUAAAUGUAAUGAACAAGUUUGGUUUGUAAUGAGUUGGAAGUCAUAAUAUAAAAUAAGUUGGUUGGGACUUUUUGGUA